CUUUUGUAUCACAUAUUAGAGGGUGUUGGCCAAACGUUGGACGUGAACGUGCGUGAUGGUUUGAAACAAACACCGUUGCAUUGCGCAGUGCGAAGGGGUAGUCUUGAGCAAACGAUCGCUCUUCUAGCGUUUGGAUGCGAUGUAAAUGCUGUCGAUGAAGAUGGCGAUACUGCGUUGCAUAUCGCCAUACAGGUACGUACACUUGAUUACGGAUCACUUUUGCACACUAUUUUGAUCAUUCAUUCGUGGAUUUUGAAAUAG